AUGACCCACCGCAGACAACCCUAUGACGACCCCGCUCAAACUCAGAAUGACGACCGCGUCACCGAGCUCAAGGAGAAGCUGUCCAGUUCAAUCGAGGGAUCAAAGAGCAACGGGCGAGAUACUGAAGAUCGAUUAUCUCCAUUCCUUCGGUUUGGACCCUCCUGGGCAGAGAUACGUCAGGAAUGGCAGGAUGGGUCGCGGGCCAAAGUGAUCGUCUGGUUUGCCGUGGUUUCCCUCUUUGGUUGGUGUUUGGGUCAAGGGAUUAGCAAGAUGAUCUAG